AUGGUCCACAGUCAUAAACGUCACUGCAGCUUAAACAGGAGACCCUUCUUGUUCAGGGCCGUCAUAGCAAAUAACCUCUCUUUCUUUGGUAAAUACGUACAGUGGUAUCUCUGCCAAAUCCUGCUCUUAAAUUUUGUUCCUUUCUCUUCAGUGACAGCCAGGAUAUCAGCCCUGGAGGUGCACACUCCCAAAGAAAUCUUCGUGGUGAAUGGGACCCAAGGCAAGCUGACGUGCACAUUCGAUUCUCCCAACACAACUGGGUGGCUGACUACGGUCUCCUGGAGCUUCCAGCCAGACGGCACGGACAGCGCAGUGUCGUUUUUCCACUACUCACAAGGACAAGUGUACAUUGGGGAUUAUCCACCAUUUAAAGACCGAGUCACCUGGGCUGGGGACCUUGACAAGAAAGAUGCAUCCAUCAAUAUUGAAAAUAUUCAGUCUGUUCACAACGGCACCUAUAUCUGUGAUGUCAAAAACCCUCCUGAUAUCGUUGUCCGGCCUGGGCACAUUAGGCUCCAUGUGGUGGAAAUAGACAAUUUACUGGUGUUCCUGGUGUGGGUGGUGGUGGGCACUGUCACUGCCGUGGUCCUUGGCCUCACCCUGCUCAUCAGCCUGGUUCUCGUGGUCCUCUACCGAAGGAAGCACGCGAAGCGGAAUUACACGGGCUGCAGUACAUCAGAGCGUUUGUCACCAGUUAAGCAGGCUCCACGGAAGUACCCCUCCGACACAGAGGGCCUAGUAAAGAGUCCGCCUUCCGCCGGAUCUCACCAGGGCCCAGUCAUAUACGCGCAGUUAGACCACUCUGGUGGACAUCACAGCGGCAAGAUUAAUAAGUCGGAGUCUGUGGUGUAUGCGGACAUCCGGAAAGACUAAGAGAAGACCCCAAACAUACCUUAAGCAAGAAACAAAUCCAAACUGGACUCUUGUGCAGAAGAUGCCCAUAACCACGUGUGGUCUUGAGGACUCGAGCAAGGACAAGCACAUGUAUACUCAGAGAGAAAAGAAAAUGUAUAUAAAGGAUAUGUAUAUUCUAUUUAAUCUUCCUGAUGUGAGAGGCCAAGUGUUGCAUGAUGAAGAAAUGGUUUGCGUCUACGUAAGUGAAAAUUGUCUUGCUGUCUCUGUGUAUCCUUUCAGAGUUGUUCCUAUUGGAUAGUUUCAGAAGCAUCCCUAUCAUCCAGUGAUAAGGUUUGCCUUAUUGGAGAGUUCGCAGAACUGUUAGUGUCCCCAACAGACGUGGCCUUUUCACCUAAGGGCUCAACCAGUCUUAGCAUUUCUUGUAGUUAGAGAAUGAGGUGUUCAGGGAUGGGAGUCUCUCACAGUAUCAGAACUGUUUGUUUGUGCUAGCUGGCACGCACCAUCCAUUAGCCAUGCCACUGAGGACAGUAAGAGUAUUUUGUUGGUGCUAUUCUAAAAUAUGAGGGCAUUUUCAGCUUGAGAUUGUCCUCACCAUCCUUCAGUGGAUGCUAAGGUCUCGCUAAUAAGCUUCUGUCCCUGUGUGAAUAGCACAGCUGACUGAGGGUAUUCGUGGUUAAAAGGGUACAGAUUGCAGAGCCCAGGAGGACGUUAGCAUGGGAAAGACUUCAGGGGAGGGGGCAGCAUUCUCUUUUCUUCUUCCCAGCAAGUCUGUGAAGGAACUGCACAUUCCAGACAUCUCCUAAUAGGUGCUUUACCGUCUCCUUGCUAUGCUGAGAUGAUGUAUCUGAUACUGAUGCUCUGUGGCCUUUGUCCAAAUGACACCUCUUAAGGGCCUCCUAAUCUGGUUCCAUGACCUCUCUGCCCAGUCAGUACCAAAUCCUCGGUGGGCCCAAGCCAACCUUCUUCCCUAGGCUGGAACAGUUCACUGCCAGCAUCCUGGGUUGAGUUGGCAGCCUGGUUCCAGCUGCUUGCAGGACCAUGCUGAGACCCCACGGCCUUACACCCCACACCUCUUCCUCUGGAGUGUGUACUUCCUGCAACUCUGCAUGCUGGGGCCUGGCUGCAGAUAACAGUGAGGUCAUGUCCAGAUAGCAGACCUGCCCUUCCUGUGUCCCCUGACUUGAAGGAAGAGGCAUCCUAAAACUUACCUGCAAAUUGUGAAGGGACACAUAAAAGAUUACAGAUUAAAAUUCCUGUCUGUUUUCUCAAUGGAAAUGUAUCCAGCUAGGGAGAAGUAUCAAGUCCAUUGUUACUUUUUGAUAUUUUCAUUUGUACUUCUGUGAAUACUUUAAUACAUUUUUUCAAUUUCUGA